GCCAUCCGAAGGCCUCGUUGCAGCUCCGAAAGUGGACACGCCAGCGCGAAGCGGCGGACUUGGCGCGCCUGGGCAUUUGUUAUCUGAUCUGGCAGACCCGCUUUUGCCGUCGUGGAAUCUUGGUCAAUCGGGUCUAGAUUAGAUUAGAUUCGGUCGUCGAGGGGCAUGAUUGGCCUUGACUCGUGCAUUUGUCGUGCACUUGGCUCGUUUCGUCUCGCGGCGCGCGUGGCCUGACAGGGCUACGGGUGGAAGGAAGUUGCAGUUGGAGUCACCGAGGUAGCUGGAAUGUCUCGUGAGGUGAAAACUGGCGGCUAUUACAAGUAGCUGCAGUCGCCUUUUCUUUCCCAUUCGAUUCCGAGUUCUGACCAUCAGCCUCUUCUUGCACAAUGGCCGUUGAAGAAAUCUCGGCAGCGCCAAAGGGCGUCCCAAGCAUUGAGCCAAGCGUCGAAAAGCCCAAUCAUGUUUCCAAUGAGGAGCACUCGGAUUCAGAGAGUCUGCAGGCCGGUGUCCGCAGGGCAGAGAUGCUGCGCAAGGGGUGGACGAAGCAGGGGUUGAUCGUUACGUUCACUGGUUUGUUUCUUGCCACGCUGGUCAUCAACUUUGGCGAUUACUCGACGCAGGUGUAUACGCCGUAUGCGACCUCCUCGUUCAAGCAGCACUCGGCCAUGUCUGCUGCAAGGGUUGUGGGGAAUAUCACUCGCAUUGCGGCGUAUCCUAUUAUUGCCAAGCUGGGAGACGUCUUUGGACGAGCAGAGAUGUUCAUCCUCUCCGUCAUGUUCCAAUCCAUUGGGGCUGCGAUCUAUGCAGCUUGCAGGAAUGUCUCACAGUAUAUUGCUGGUGGUAUCUUCGAAGCCAUCGGAUCCACCGGCUUCAGCCUCACCCAACAAGUCUUCGUUGCCGACGUGACAAACCUCAUCAACCGCGCCGUCUGGUCCACCCUCCCCGACUCCCUCACCGUCGUGCCCGCCCUCUACCUCGGAACCGAGAUCGCCGAGCGCAUCCUCGCAGACAGCGAAUGGCGCUGGGGUUAUGGCAUGUGGGCGAUCAUCCAGCCCGUUUCCGCGACCCUGCUCGUCGGAUCAAUGCUGUACUACCAGCGGCGGUCGCGCGUCGAGAACGCACAGUCAGCUAGGCAGAUUCUAGGAUGGACAGCGGGCGAGAGCUGGUGGAUGAGGGUGUAUAACCUCGUCUGGGUCCAGCUUGAUGCUUUUGGUGCGGUUCUACUGCUUUUGGGACUAUCGCUGUUUCUCGUGCCGUUGUCGUUGACGGGGUCUGGGAAUAGCGAUGAUUGGCACAAAGGGUCGUUUAUCGCGAUGCUGGUCAUGGGUGUUGUGAUCCUGAUUGCGUUUAUCGCGUGGGAUACCUGGUUUGCGACGAAGCCCUUCGUGCCCUACCGCAUGAUCCGCAACCGCACAGUCGCUGCUGCGUGUUGUCUCGGUGCGCUGGAUUUCUUCCACUACUCUGUCUUUUCGGUCUUUUUUCCUAGCUACCUCCAGGUUGCCGGACAUUAUGGCGCCGGGCCAGCAACGAGAAUCGACAACUCCCUCCGCGUCGCCUUCCAAGUCGCCGGUAUCUUCGCAGCCUAUUUCAUGAAAUACACCCGCCGCUCGCAGAUCUGGGUCUUCACCGGCGUGCCUCUGUCCGUACUGGGCAUGGGCGUCCUCCUGUACCUUGUCGAUAUGGGCGACGGCAAAGUCGGCAACGAAGCAGCGUUCGUGACCGCUAAAUCCCUCAUCGGCAUCGGCCGCGCGUUCUACCAGACUGCGUCACAGGUCUCGGUCCAGGCGACGGUGCAAAGAGGAGAGGUCUCCGUCGUCACGGCAGUUUUCUUUGCGGCUAUGAGUGUGGGUGGUGCUAUUGGGACUAGCGUCGCCGGCGCAAUCUGGCGCUCAACCCUCCCCAAGAAACUUACCGAGCACCUCCCCACCGAGUACAAGAGCCAAGCACAAGCCAUCUUCGGGAGUAUCGUUGUCGCGCAGAAAUACGAGGUUGGGAGUCCUGCGCGCGAGGCCAUCGAUCUGAGUUAUAGACAGUCACAGCGGUUACUUGGUAUCGCGGCGCUCGCGGCGUUGGCUCCGAUGCUUAUUAUUAUGUUCCUCCUUGAGAAUGUGACGUUGGAUGAGAGGAUGGCUGCCCGAGAUAAUAAGCGUGAGGAGGUGAAGAAGGUCGAAGAAGACAGCGAGAGUAAGCAGGAUGAGCGAGGGGAGGGAGAGCAGGGACAGUGAUAGGAGGGCUUGCGUCGACGUGCCGGCUCGAGGCCUUUGUCUGCGAGAAAGAUCUUGAUCAACCACGGUAUUAUAGCUUUACAGAUCGGUCCAUAUCACUUGGAUAUCCACCCUUCUGUGAGCCCUUUAGAGGUAUGACUAAAGCCUGUUUCAUGUGCACACAAGAAGUUGAUAGCAGGGAGUGGGCCAUGGACCCAUGACCACCUACCAAACAUCCUCUUUACCAGCUAACAACCGGC